AUGGCAACGAAAAAGGUGGAUCCGUCCGGCCAGCCAACAUGUUCAGCCCAUCCGGCCCGCUUUUCUCCUGAUGACAAAUAUUCUCGACACAGGAUCACCAUCAAGAAACGCUUUGGUGUCCUGAUGACCCAGCAGCCUCGGCCUGUUGUUUAAAUGUGCUUCCAUUCUCCUCCCGAGUUACAAAGGUGGCGAGAGAAGCUUUGAGAGCAGCUUUGAAGAAGCCCGUGAAGGUGAAGAAUACCUGUCGAUCUGCCGUCCACACUGUUGCGUUCUUUGCUGAUGUUUUUCAAACUUGACUCAAUUCCCUUUGCGUUCCGUGGAAGAGGAAUGAAUGAAUGACAUCCUGCAAGCAAGCAAGACAAAAUUAUAUUUUAUUGGCGUUUUUCUGGCUAUGUAAUAUUCUGGAAAUAAAGUGAGAUUUUUCCAUUGUU